CCAGCGCCUCCCAAACUAGGGUUCCGCGAGAUGACGAAAAAUUACACGUUCUCCGCCGCUUGUAAAGCCUAUUUAAACGACGCGCCGUCCGCUUUAGGGAUCACUUACUACGGCCAUAAAUAUGUAGAAGUCGAGAUGUUGUGAUGGCUGGUAGGUCACGACGUUCGAGCACAGAGCUCGAACCGGAUUUAUCGGCGCCAACUGCCUCGAAAAGGCCCAAACAAUCCGAAACCUCCGAUUCGUCUGGAGAAAAGCACCUAACAAAAGUGGAAAGUACCGAGACAUGGAGCACGAGCGAGAUAUCUUCAGAGACCGUUUUGGAAGGAGAUAAACCAUUCUCAGAUGUUACAGAACAGGCAACAUCGAAGCAAUUGGUUUUAAUCAGUGAAACGUCCUCGAAAUCGACUAAACAAUUGUCUCAAACGAAUCCGGAUGUUUCCACACAAGAGAGUGAUACCGCAUCGACCUCAACGGAUGCGAUCCCGAGUACAUCGAGAGAAGAGCAGCUCAAGACGUUAAAAUCUGUUGUAAUGAAGUACAGCGAACAAGGUGAGCUCUCUGCUCCUUCUGGAAGAUCAGAAGAGACGACGAUACAAAGUUUCUUGCUGCGUGAACGAGCGUCAUUCGAAAAUUUGUCUGUUAUCGGGAACGGCGCUUACGGGACAGUGUACAAAGCUACAGAUAAGAAUAGUGGUCAAACCGUAGCGCUUAAGAGAGUCAGGAUACCUUUGACGGAGGACGGUCUGCCUACAUCCACAGUAAGAGAAAUUGCUGCUCUGAAGUCGCUCGAGCAAUACGAACACCCACAUAUUGUUAGAUUACUGGAUAUUUGCCAAGGAGGAGAUUAUCUCGAUAUAUCAUCGGGUGAUGGUACAUUCGAAAGGCCGGAACAUGAUAUCACCUUUUGGUUGGUGUUCGAACAUGUUGAAAGAGAUCUCGCUUCGUACAUAGCUCAUUAUCGGAAUAGCUCGCCUCGAUCGAGUAUCCCACCGUAUCUUGUGAGGCAAAUGUUGAAAGAGAUACUCUGUGGGGUGGAGUUCCUACAUAGCCAUAGAAUAAUACACAGAGACUUGAAGCCGCAGAAUCUUCUAGUAACGCGGGAAGGGAGAAUCAAGAUCGCGGAUUUUGGUCUGGCCAAGACGUACGGUUUUGAAAUGAGAUUAACUUCCGUGGUUGUAACCCAAUGGUAUCGAGCACCCGAAGUACUUUUAGGAUGUUCAUAUGCUACUCCUGUAGAUGUUUGGUCAGUCGGAUGCAUAUUAGCAGAACUUUGCAAGUUGGAACCGUUAUUCCCAGGUACCAGUGAAGGUGAUCAACUGGACAGGAUUUUCCAAGUUUUGGGUACUCCAUCACAGGAAGAAUGGCCAGAGAAUGUAUCGCUCAAUUGGAAUGCUUUUCCAUACAGACAUCCCAGACCUCUCAGUCUCAUAAUACCAGAUCUCAAUGAAGAUGGAUUAGACUUGAUAAAGAACAUGCUCAUGUUUGAUCCUCAUAGUCGUAUAACUGCAGCUCAAGCCGUAAGACACCGAUACUUUUCCAAGGAGGGCGUACAAUGACUGCUCCGUAAGUUAUCUAGACUUAGUGCUGGAUUAUAUAUAUAACUGGCAAACUCAGACUGACGUAUUAUAUUCAGGAAUAAAAGUAUA